AUGUAUGUGGAUCAGAAGUUCCAAGAUUUGGAGUUUGCUAUUGGUGAUCAGGUUCUAUUAAAAGUUUUACCCAUGAAGGGUGUUAUGAGGUUCGGUAAGAGAGGCAAGCUGAGCCCCAGGUAUAUUGGUCCGUUUGAUAUUGUUGACGAUAUGGAUGAUGUAGCUUAUGAGUUGGCAUUACCACCAGGCUUAGCGGGAGUUCAUCCGAUUUUCCCUAUCGCGAUCUUGGAUAGACAGGUUCGAAAAUUUGGAUCGAAAGAGAUUGCUUCUGUGAAGGUGCAAUGGAAGCACCGUUCCAUUGAGGAGGCUACAUGGGAGACCGAGUCUGACAGACGUAGCCGAUAUCACCAAUUGUUCACUGAUUCAGGUAUUUCCCCGCUUUCUUUCUUUUCUUCACUCGAGGAUGAGUGA